AUGGCGGCGGAGGCCACGCUACCUAAAGUCAGCAGCGGGCAUCUGAUCUUCCGCUGCGAGCACAACCGCGGCACGUCCGUGCACGAUCUGGAGGGGCUGCUACGCAUCACCGUGGAGGCCGUCGGGGAGGAGCUCCAGCGCGCCCUGCUCGACGCCGAUCCGAGCGAGGAGCUCCAGCGAGCCCUGCGCGACGCCGAUUGGAGCGAGGAGGAAGAGGAGGAGGAGAUGGAGGAGGCCAUCACCACCACCAUGCCAACGACGCACGUGCUGCUCACUGUCGCGGUCGACAUUCCUGGCCGGCCUAUGGAUGCAGAGAACAUGAGGGAGGUGGCGACCGAAAAGCUGGCCCUGGUCGGGCGCCUGUUCGGCAUGACUGCCCCGCCCACGACGAAGAAGCGGCCACACCACGAGGAGGAGAUCGAGUUCGCCAAGGAGGUGGCCCGUCUGCUCCUCUUCGCGUCCAACUUGACCAUCUGGGGCCUGAGCGAUUGCCUCUCCAAGGUCAGAUGCGGCCUGCUGUGUUGA